UUCCUGUAUUCGUGUGUUUACAUUGCGAUGAGCAUGAUACUGAUUCGGUGACGGUAGCACAGCACUUCGUGUCUUCGUGUGGAUUUGGAUACUCCUGUUUUUCAUCCUUUUAAAUUGUGUUUUUGAAUUUUAGUGUUUCGUGUGUGCCUUCAUCAGUUCCGCUCUCUCUGCCUGUCGGAUUUAUUUUCGUCGCGUGCCGCGGCCGUAGUUUCUCUCCUAAUUUAGCUGUCCAUCGUAGUGUCAACAAGUCCUACAGUUCCUUAUCAUAUGGUAUCAAAAUUCUGAAUAUUUGCCGCGUGUAAUUUCAGUCUACUCCUCGUAUUUUCUUUCAUCUGUUGUACUGCCAAUUUACUCAUCUCGUUUGCGGAUUGACCCAGAGCACCACCCAUCUACCAUUCCUGUAACCAAGGAAGUCUGCGGGCAAGUCCUGUCCGUGCGGCCACGUUUCGAUGUAAACGCAAGUGCUUCGAUGCCGUUGAGCCCGGCAGUCCGUCAUUAUCCGUCAUCCUUUCGGAAUGGGUUCAGGAGCUGAGCUCUGAAAGCUGAAACAAUGCAAUUGCGAGGAAAAUGGCGAUUCAAGGGAGCCGGAAUUCCUCGCGAUGAGCUCCGAAACGGAAGGAAUGUAGAGCAUUCCCGGCGUAAAUCAGCUCUCGAUUGACGGCAAUUUUGGAAACGUGAGCCAAAAUGCCAGCUCUAGAAUUAAUGGGCCGUAAAUGGCUCGCUGGGACGGAUGACAUGGUAUUUCCAAGUUUAGUGGAACUGAUUGUCCGCUUUAUUUGGCUCAUACUCGUGUCGGUGGCUUUACUCCGCUACUACAACUUCACAUUUGAUUGCGAUGAGGGUGGAUACCUCGUCCGCUUUUAUCUAAUAGGAGUCAUUGUUAUAAUCGUAGCCAUGAUGAUUAUGCUUACAAUUAUCAUCAAUCGCAGUGCACAAGGAGCAAUUUGGGAUACAGCGCGACGUGCUAUAGUUCCAAGACUCAUUGUCAUAAAGAUUGCAAUGAUGUUUCCAGAGAUGCUAAUGAAUAUUCUGGGCACCGUUUGGACUUUCACUCAUGUUAUCGAUUGCGUCGAUGAACACUUUACUAAUACUGUAGUAAGAUUUCUAGUUCUUUUCAAUUGGAUGCUUUUUGCUCUGACCGUUUUUGGCUUGGCACUAGUGUUGGAUCCAAUCGGCUCCAUCAAAAUCAAUGAUGGUAAUAAUGAGAUGACAAUUGACUCCCUCAGACAUCGGAAAGUGACCAGAAUAUGGGUCCGGCGUUUUCGAUGGUUUUUCUGUUGGAUCACCAGAGAUGAACACAGUCGCGAAGCUUUCUCUCAAAUAGCCAGUUUAUUUAGUUCUUUGUUCCGCGACACAGACAUGGUUCCUACUGAUAUUAUAGCUGGUUGCAUUUUGCUGCGAGUGAAACAAAAAAGAGAAUCUCGUGAGCAGCGUAGACUGGCACUCAUAGCAGAGCAACGCUAUAACUGUACCUCCAGUGUUAAGGAAGCAUUUGCUGGAAUGCCUAGCUGGAUGAAUCUCGAAUUAGCGGAGCACUACUUACAAUUUUCAAUGGCAGCAUACGGCUGGCCUUUUGUUAUGUAUCGUUAUUGUUUAACAGGAAUCUUUAAACUACUCUCGAACGUAACUUGUUGUUCCUGUUUUAGAGCUAAGCCAACUGUAGUGCGAGAAGACAAUUGCUGUCUGUGCAAUUUAGCCGGUGUAAAAUAUAUAUCCAGAACAUCGACGCAAGAUAUUCUGUUUGUUUCAUUUCGUAAUCAUAUUUUUCAGUUACCAUUUUUUGUAGUUGCAGAUCAUAAAACUAAAUCAAUUGUGAUAAGUAUCAGAGGUUCAAUAUCCAUGCGUGAUAUUUUUACGGACUUAACUGCGGUCGCAGAUAAGUUUGAAGUUGAGGGGUUACCUCCUGACAGUAUGGCACAUAAAGGAAUGAUUGCCAGUGCUAAUUAUGUGAAGAAAGAACUUGAAGACGGUGGUCUUCUUGACAAAGCAUUUGCUGCUCAUCCUGAUUACAAGCUCGUUUUAACAGGACACAGUUUAGGAGCUGGCACUUCUGUUUUACUAGCAAUAUUGUUGAAACCAAAGUAUCCCGAUGUGAAAGUUUAUGCAUUUGCCACACCAGCUGGAUUAUUAUCAAGAGAAGCAGCUCGUUACACGGAAAGUUUUGUAAUGACGAUAGGUGUGGGGGAUGAUUUUGUCAUGAGGCUGAGUAUUGAGUCAGCAGAAGACUGUAGAACAAAUAUGUUGAACGUUCUGCAAAUGUGUAGAUUACCAAAGUAUCGAGUGUACUUGAAUGGUUUCGGAUAUGCUUUAUUCGGCGUUCCAUCGCGAGAUCUUGAAUCAACAUGGCGUGCUGAUCGACUGAGGACACCAGCUAACCAAAGAAGCUCACCAUUGCUAUCCAAAAGUUCUAUCAUCGAAGUGGUCGUACCUACAGCAAACGAUAUUGCGCACAGGAGGUUCUCAAAAUCUCGACUAUUUCCUGCCGGUAAAAUUUUGCACAUAACGUACAAAAAGAAGAGUAAAGAAGAGAAGAAAGCCGCAAAGAAAUCAGGUGAAAGAUCUGGUGAAACAUUUGAAAUGCGAUGGGCACACCCUGAAGACUUUGUAGAAUUGAGGAUAAUGCCUCGUAUGCUUCUGGACCAUCUGCCAGACAACAUUCACAAGACCAUUAGAACAGUAUUAGAUGAACAAAUAACCGAGAUCACUAUGGAUAUGAAUGAAAUAACCAUUUUGUAAAAACACAAAGUUCUGAUGAACCAAGCAAGAAUAUCUUGCAUUUAACAUAUCCUGAGUGAAGAAAAAAUGAGCUGUAAGUUUGAAAUCCGUUCCAAGUCUAACCUAUUGUCUUCGUAUGACUUUUCUCUUUUUGCUAAUUGGCAGGUCUUUCUUGUAAGUAUUGGAUACCAGUCAACAAAGCAACAAUUAGCCUCUAGGCUUGCUCAGUCUUAAAGACAAGAAGCUAUGGUAGAAAACUGUUCCCUAAAUUAGCCACUGCUGAUUAGGAUCAAAUGUGGCUCAAAUCAAAGCAUGACUACUCAGUUAGCUAAAACUGAUUUAAUACAGAACUAUCAACCUAGGGGGCUACAAUUUGGGGAAAAGACAUGUUUGUCCCUAUUUUAAGGUCAGGCGCCCCAACUCUACUCUUGGUAUGUCAACCAUUCAGAGAGCAUCUAAGGAGUCAAGUUCUGGACCCCUCUCUUUUCAGGAGUUGAGCCUGUUCCAAGUUCAUGUCCAAAUCGAAUCAACAAAAUUUUGAUUAUGUUAAUAUCAUACAAAUCAGCCUUACCAUAUCCAGUGUGCUCCUAAUCAGAAGAUUAUUUUCCUAACCUCAUUUUUAAGAUUUUUGGCAUCAAUUGAAGAAACUGCAUUUUGUGAUACGUUAAAGCUGAAAACUAUCUUGACUAAAAGUUUCUUUAAAGUUGGUUUAAGCUGAUUUUUUUUACUUAAUCUUUUUUUCUGUGUACAGUGAUUUAUUUUUCUACUUUCGCCGGCAAAAUAUCAUGACAAUAUCUCUAGAUAAUAUAGACCUGACUCAUUAUACUUAAUUUUUAUUUUUGUACAUUUCUAUCUAAGCAUACGUGUUACGCACUGCUAGUGCUUCCUGGUUGCCUACUCUCAGUAUUAGAGGUAUAGCUUGUACCUCGUCUUAAAGACUUUUCUCCUCCUAAAGACAUGUUUGGUCGGAAAGCCUUGUUUUCGCUUUUAAUUACAUACUUAUUCCUCCUCUGUAUUGGAAAUUUACCUCUUGCUCAAAUGUUCCCGUAUCGAUCAGGCGGUGCUUUCCAUGAAUUAGGUUGCAGGGAAUCAAAAUUGGAGCUGAAUCUCAUAUUGAAAGUGGUACUAAUUCAUUCUGCUCAAGUAAGAAUUCAUUAUAAUAGUUAAGUUUAUUUCUGUUGUUCUUUUCUCUGAUGAAGUAUUUUUCAUAAUUAUGAUCAGACCCAAAUUAGAAAUAAUCAUAAUUUUAUUUUUUUCACUUUGAACUUAAUCAGCAUUAUUCCUUAAAUUGAUGACCACUGAUCACUGGUGCUUUCUUUUGUAAGGACUUGAUGAUUUAAUUGCCUAACGUCUUUUUCACUGAAUGGGUUUACUUAUAGGAUGGGAGGGUUUUUUUCUUUCAGUCAUGUGUUCGUUACACACGUCGCAAAACAUAUGUAGUUUGGGAGUUUCACUGAUAUUAUAUCAAUGAAAAUUCACAUGAUUGAUCCGAAAGCCUUUAAAAUAAACAAUCAAAUACAACUAUCAAGUGUGCAUUGAAUCAUUUGUCUAUAGUGUGAAAAGGACUUAAGGUAAUAGCUUUCAUCCAGUAAAAUUAUGUCCAUGGAUUUCGGCAUUAUCAGCACUCUACACUUCUUUUGUUUGCAUUUUAAGAAUUUAAAUACAUGGCCUAAAUUUUAUGAUACACCUUUAUUUUUCAAAAUUGGUGCUUUAACUUUCAAUUAAGCUCAUUAAAUGAUUUUUUUUUUUUUUUACAGUUCUUGAAUGUAAGUACUGAAACUUGAUCCUUUCAAAUUUUGACUGAGAAGCUGACUAUUUGAUUUUAUUUAGUCGUAGGUACACUUUGUAUAUAUUCUUUCUCCUUUUUUCAAAUGCUUCUUGUUGAUUUUAUUGUAUAGUUUAUCCCUAGUUAUCCUUGAAUAUUUUAUUUGUAAAUUAUUUUUGGCUGUGUACAUCAUUUGUUGUAUCGAUCAAAGUUUUCUAAUGUUUUAGACGAUUUUACAAUUGUGAAACAAGUUCUGAAUUUUUCCUGUCCCAAAUUUUUGUACUCUUUUUAUACUCAAACUUUUACAGAUUUAAGGCCUUAUUAUUCAUUGAUCAUUGUUCUCGCAAGAAAUUUUAAAACAAAGUUCUACUGUUUGGUUCCUGGCGAUAAUGUUAUUUUUUUAUUCACAUUUUUGGCAGAUUUUAUGCUCAUUUUUGAGAAUAUGUUACAAGUAUCUUAACUAGAUGAAGAAUAAAUAGAUUAAAAUAAUAAAGUUUCCAUUAUGGCAGACAUUUGGCAUUUUUUUAUAACAUCACCUUCCGGCUAAAAAGUUACAAGCGCCGUUUGUGCUGAGGUUCUGUCUUGCCUACUUUUCAAAUUUGUCCAAUUUUUUACAGAAAAACUAAAGAAUAGAAUCACUUGAAAAUUUUCCUUGGUAUCAGUGUUGUCAUUGAAGUAAAUCAUUGAAAUCCUCAUGAAAGUAAACACAAAAGUUAUAAAGAAAAAAUUUAAACAGUAUUAAGAUGUCCAUUAACAUAGCAUCCAAGCGUAAAUGGUGCUUGUGAAACUUUGGCUGGAAGGUAACGUUAUACUCUAAACUUUUUAGCAGCUGAUUUACAAAAUAAAAGUCAUGCUCGUUCCCUGAAAAAAUAAUCGGUAGAACAAUGUGGAAAUGCCAGCUUAAUUUUAUUCUGUUUUUGAGGAGCGUAGAGAGUUUUUUAAUUUUGGAAUCGGCUGUGCCCCUCUCAAUUUCAUUUGAUGGUUUCUCAACUCCACAAAAAUGUCUUUUUCAUGGAACAAAGGACAUUAACACAUGGGCAGAUAAACAAAUUUGUAUAAUUUAUUGCUCUUCCUCAUAACAUUUAACUUUUUUAUCCAUUUUAUAUUCUUUAGUUAAUGCCCGGAUUGUAUGCUGUUUUUCUGUAUCCAUCCAAUUCUCUGCUCAGUUAUUAUUUUGACUGUAUAUCAACUAAAAUCUAUCUUUUUUAUGCUGUUGAAUCAUCGACGAGUUUUUAGAAAUACCUUUCAACUAUAUUUUGUAAUUUCUUUUGUUUUUGUAAAAGAAUAUUUUUUCAAAUUGCUAAGAAUAAAUUUCAUUAUCUUUCUUCUUUCAAUGACACUCUCCUUUUCUUUCAUUUCUGUAUUCCCAUCGCUAUCAGUGAUUGAAAAAGCGACUGGAUUCGAAAAAAUCUUUUCAGCUCUCAUACUGGAGAAAGUAAAUUAUUGCUUUAGCAUCUAGGUUGUCUAAAAUGUGUCUGAUGACCCCUAAGAUGCUUGUUUAAUUGGUCCUGAAUGGCCCUUUUUAUAGAGCCUUAAAUGAUUUUUGUCAAGUCCUUUCCAUUCCACUGGUUGAUAAGGAUCCUUGCCUUCUUCCAAUUUUGUAUAAUCAAACAAAAAUGGCUAUGAAAAUAUAAUAGCAUUUCUAAACUGUUC